AUAGCUCUUGGUUCGUAAUGUGACCUUGUCGAUAGCGUAUUCUGGUUGUGUACAUAGGUGGUUUUAGACUUAGUAUUCUUCGUCCCAUGUUGUUCUUUAUUCUUCAUGAGCUGUUCGUCUUGAUUACGUCUUCUUCUCUCCGAUUAUCUACCGAUCACUAAGGUUUCUGUACCCUACAGCGAUAUAAUCCAUUGGAAACAUUAUGGAAACCUCAUUAUAAGUUGACGGGUUUUAUUAAGCCUAUGAUCACUGAUGUUUUUAUUUUACUUAGAUACUACAGCCGAUAAUUCGCUUGUUUCCCGUGAUGGUGGGCCGUUUUUGUUUUCUUAAUUCCUCGAAUUUUAAUGGAUGACUUUUAUCAAUGUUGAAUCUAAUUACGUUUUUUCUCUCUCUCUAUAUAUAUACUUGCCGUAAGACAAUUUUACGACAGUUCUAAAGUUUAGGGACUGACUUUUAGAUGGUUUCAAAGUAUUCUGAAAUUUUAUUGUUCUAGGCUCAUGAUAGUGAUUCAACUAUUAAGUUGGUAUUCACCAUUUAAAAUGUAGUAUGAAAUAGUUUUCAGCCCACAAAUUAGCGGUAAAGUUAGUCUUUACGAGAGAGUGCGGGUAAAUGUCCAACUUGACCUCGAGAACCGUAGUAUAUGAAUUACUUUUUGUCAAAGUGUCCGGGAAAGCAAGACGUGAUAAGUUUCAGUUUCAGUCUCAACUUCAGUUUGAGAAGGACAGAAGCCUAAGUGGCCCGUGUUAUUUCUAGCAAUAAUGAUCUUAUUUGAGGUGAUUUUGCACCAAUUUGUGUACCGAUAGAGCAUCAGUUAUCGACUAAGUCCUUGUUCUCUUAAUUAUUUUAAUCUUUUUUGACUAGAAAUUAUCGUCCAGAUAUGUGUAAUUCAGAAGAAACAUCUCACUGGCGUUCUUGCAGAAGGUUAAACGACAUUUGGACCCAUACUGAAGUGGUUACAUUACAGCCUCAAUUAUUGGUACACGCAAUAAUUGGUCAAAAGUAGCCAGCGUCAAGUUAGCGUUUUGAAAAGUUGCCAGCAACUUUCGCAGUUGCUCGAAAGCACUUCUGUGAACUACUGUACGGGGAUAGUAUCUUUAAGGAAUGCUUUUCAGAUAACCUCUAUGUUCUAUUUAUAAAUUAAAGAUAACCAUUUGAGACGUAGAUGACAGACACAUAAGGCAAGGCCAUAUAAAAGCACAUAAAUAUAAUUACUCAGGUUAUUGAUAACGGAAGUACGGAGGAAUGUCACAAGGUACCUGACAUGGCUAAAAUAACAAUAUGGACAGAGGUGCUAGGACAAAAAUAGGCUACACAGGAGUGUGAUAAGAGUGGCUACAAUUUAAUUGUGCAGUUACAGAAGUCUAAACAUAUCUGUGAGUGGCUGACUAGCCAAUUAAAUCUUUGUAUAUUUGGCUAUAAAUCACAGGUUUUACAAUAGGAUUAAUAUUUUUACACCUCUAACAAGACUUAUGUGAACGAGAAUUUUUAAUUCUCACCUUUAUGUUUAGAAGGUUAUUACUUUUACCUCUUUAUAUCAGAAAUCGGAAAUUCAAAUGACACAUUUUGUAGGUGAAUUUGUUCAUAUUUCAAUGUACUAAAUAGACUGUUAAUUUGCUUUAUUCUUAUUCUUGUUUGGAUAGGUGUGGGAUCUUAGUGGAUAAAACUAUUUUAACUAUUCUGAGUGAUAUCAUAUACCACUUAUAAACUACAAACUACUGGAUCUACACCAUACUUAUGAUAUUGAUUUCUGUGUUCUGGAUAUUAACAGUUAUAUUACUCGAUGUCAGAUGUGAAGUAUUCGAACUGGAUAGCAGAUUCAUUGAGUUUAUCGACAAGGGUCCUUGGCUUGUCCAGUUUUAUGCUCCUUGGUGUGGAUUCUGUCGCCGUUUGUCUGGUACAUACGAAGAAGCCAGCAGGAUACUACUUCAUACGGAACCUUCAAUCAAAGUUGCUAGACUUGACGCCACAAUAUACACCGGAAUAGCCAAGAUGUUCGAUGUGCGAGGUUUCCCAACAAUUAAGUAUAUUAAUGGCACAGUAUCAUAUACAUUUAUCGGUGAUCGAACUGUUCAUGGUCUUGUUACAUUUGCGCAAAGAGCUAAUGGACCAGCAGUAAAGAAUUUUGAAGAAAGUCAUGAAUUUGAAGAACGUUUAAAAAAACUAUCUUCAGAUGAACCAUUUUUCUUCUUAAUUAAACCAGCUAAUUCUAUUUUAGAGAAAACAUUUCUACAAGUAGCUGAACAAUUACGUAUAUUCUCAUGGUUUUUCAGCGGUUCAUUAUCAGUUAUCACUUCUCCUUACAUUGAGACUUUGAAAUCAUCCAAUGAUAUAUUUACAGAGAUUUUAGUUUUUAAAGAUUCUCAAGUUUAUUCUUAUCCUGGUCUAUUUUCAAAUAAAAAUUUCCAAUUAACAAAUAAUACGGCGGAAUUAUAUCAAGAUCUAAUAUUAUGGACGUUACGUGAACGACAGCCGGGAUUUCCGAAAUUAUCUCAUUUUGAUUGGUGGGAAUUUGCAUCGAAUGAAUUAUUGGACAUUCAAAAUCAUAAUCCUAAUACUACUAGUACUAAUACUACAGAUGAUAAUAGUAGAAGUAAUAGUAACGAUGAUUCAGUGGUUCAACAAUCAUUACAUUCAAAUACAAGUCCAGUACAAUCAUAUCGAAAUUAUCGUUUACUUGGAUUAUUUGUUAUUGAUCAAUUAAUAGAAAAGAGUUCUCCAUCUAGGGUAUUGGAAUUCGGGAGGAAAUUAGCUCUUAAACGUCUACCGCAUAUAAUACGCUAUUUCCAAUUAGCAUGGACUAAUGAUGUAGAAAGUUUAGAGAAUUUGGCUAUGAGAACAAUAACUGUACCAAAUUUCAUUGUUUUAAAUCCUGUUACACAUGAAUUAUUUGUAUAUUUAUCAAAUCACUAUUCAUCAUAUUCUUCAUUAUUUGAUGAGAAUAAUUUAAUUAAUUUCUUAAUGCUUAUUAAUGACGGAAAGAUUAAAGGUAUUGGAGGUAAUACAAUUUCAAUAAGACUACAACGUUUAGGAUAUAAUUUUCUUAUCGGUUUCUCGAAAUUCCUCACUACUCGACCAUUGUUUGCACUUUUAAUUCUUGGAGUACCAGCAUUAAUGUUCAGUGGAAUUAUCUACUUAUGUUGUUGUUUGGACGCAAGGUAUGCAACUUAUGAUGACGGUGAAGAUGACCAACUUUCUAAUUACGGCAUUUACCAUAAAGCAUACUCAAAUCAAAAGAUAAUUGGCAUUGAUAAUUUCACUGGUGAUAGAUCAAUUAUCGACUCGAAUUCAAGCUAUUUGGAUACUAGUAGUAGUAGUAGCAGUGGUAUUAGUGUCAACGCAACGAAGGCUGUUCAUUUUCGAGAUAUGCAUAAUUCUCCUCCACGUCGACGAUAUCGUCAUGAAGUUUUGCAUAACAGCAAGAAAAAUAUUCAAAAUAUUGGUCCUGUUUAUUCAGAGGAUGAAUUAAAGAAAAGAAUUGAAGAUUCGCGUGCGAAAUUAGCGAAAUUAAAGAAACAAGCAUAAAUGUAUUUCUUAUUUCCAUUCAUUCAUCAGCACAGAAUUAUCACAAUAACCUACGUGCAUAAUAGUUUAUUUUCUCUAAUCAUGUAUGUAUCACACAUAUCAAUUUGUGUAGCACUGAUAAGCAUGUGUUUGAUGUGCACUAACUGGUUUUGUUUUUUACAAUAUCUUGAUAUUACAUAACCUCAUUAUCAUUCUUCUGGAUGUUUUAUUCCAGUGAAAGAAACGACAAGUCAUAUUUAUUUCUUGUAUCUUUGAACUUUAUUACUCAAUGUAUGCAUUUAUUCAUCAUAUAUUAUUCUUAAUAUUGCGUUAUAUAAUUGAAUAUAUUGUUAGUUUACUCAA